CAAGCAAAUAAAUAUUAAACAGACAGCUCAUUCUAGUAAAAUCAAGUCUGAUCAGCUUCUUGAGAAGGCUGAAAAUGGAGCAUGACAUGGGAUGGUUUUUCACAGUUUUGAUGGUUGGAAUUGUUGCCCUUUUUGGUUUCUUGAAGAAGGCAAAUGAAUGGUUUUGUGUUAAGAAAUUGGACAAAAAUAAAUGCAUUUUACCUCCAGGUGAUCUAGGCUGGCCUUUUAUUGGUAAUAUGUUGUCCUUUGUCAAGAGUUACAAAUAUGGUGACCCUGAAUCCUUCAUCUCUUCCUUUACCACCAGGUAUGGCAAUGGAGGGAUGUACAAGGCGUUCAUGUACGGAAAGCCAAGUAUUAUUGUUACAGCACCAGAAACAUGCAGGCAAGUCUUGAUGGAUGAAGAACAUUUUGUGUUGAGUUUCCCGAAAUCCGUGACAGAUCUAACAGCAAAGAGAACAUUUCACGGAGUUACAAGGCAGCAACACAAGCUUCUACGACAGAUAACGACUGGUUCAAUUAUAGGUCAUGAGGCGUUAUCGGUAUAUGUUGACUACAUAAGGAAGAUUGCUAUUGCUUCAUUUGAUAAGUUGGCUAGCAGGAAAGAUCCUAUUGAGUUGCUAACUGAAAUGAGAAAGUAUGCAUCUCAAGUGAUCAUGACAGUUAUUAUGGGUACACAAAUUGAUCAGAAAUGGUUUGAUGUUGUUGAAACAGAGUUCUCUGUUUUUGUUGAUGGAAUUUUUGCCCUGCCAGUAGAUCUACCUGGAUUCUCUUACCACAGGGCACUCAAGGCUCGAGAGAACUUAACCAAGAUAUUUCAAGCAGCAAUAGAUGAAAGGAGGAUCAAGAAUGCUAGCGAUAAAUCUAGAACAAAGAGGAGCAUUUUGGAUUUAUUGCUGGAGAGCAAAGAUGAGGAGGGAAGGAAAUUCAGUGAUGAGAAGAUUGUGAACAUACUAAUUCUAUAUUCCUUUGGCGGCCAGAUAUCCACUGCCCCUACAGCUACGUGGGCGCUUCUCUACCUGCAAGAAUAUCCAGAGCUCUUGCAGAAAGCUAAGGAAGAACAAGAGGAUAUCGUAAAGAGAAGACCAUCUUCUCAAACCGGGCUAACACUCAAUGAGAUCAGACAAAUGAAAUAUUUGUCCAAGGUAAUCGAUGAGACACUACGUCUUGUUAAUGCCUCAUCACCACUCUUCAGAGAAGCGACAACUGCUGUUAAAAUGAACGGCUACACUAUACCUCAAGGAUGGAAGGUCUUGGUUUGGACAAGGAAUGUACAUAUGGAUCCUAACAAUUAUCUGAAUCCUAAGGAAUUUAAUCCUUCAAGAUGGAAUGAUCAUGAGACCAAGCCUGGGCAGUAUCUUCCUUUUGGAGCCGGACGCAGGUUUUGUCCAGGUGCAGACUUGGCCAGGCUUGAAAUUUCAGUUCUCCUACAUUAUUUUCUUCUCAACUACAGGCUUCAGCGGCUUAACUCAGAGAGCAAGGUGCAAUAUUUUCCAACGAUCAGGCAUACUGACGAUUGCUUGGCAAGAAUUAGGAAGCUGUCGGCAGAAAAUGCAUGAAGAAUAUUGCUUCUUUGAACUUCAGCUGAUGCCUUGCUUGAGCAGUUUGAAAGUCACUAUGGAGAAAUUAUGUACAUAACUGAAUAAAUGAUUUCACCAUUCUGAUGGUCUUUUAUUUACAUAUGAAGCAAUGAUGCAGUGUGCCCAUGAAAGAGAAUGCUUCACAUGUAUUUUCAGAAAACAUGCAUCUAUGUAACAGAGUGAAAAUUGUCUAAAAAGAAUUGGAAGAUGAGAUUAAGAGGGUAAGAUGGUAUUAAUAACAAAAAACUGAAUUAUAAAACUGCAUAGGCAAAGACGUUAUGAGACAAGGGGACAGUGUUUUGAUGCUUGCAGAACUUUAUUAAUUGACUGGAAAUUUCUAUAACAAUAUCAACCUUAAGCACACCAGUUAGUGACUAUCCUCUUCUUCACAGAAUUUUGUGUACUCUUUGGAACCCAUCAAAGAUUCUAAUUCUGAUGGACUGCUUGGCUUCACUUUAAUCAUCCAUCCAUCUUCAUAUGGGCUUGAAUU